AUGUACCGCUUCGCUCUCGCCCUGGCCCUUCCACUUUUGGCCUUCGCCGCCACUCCAAAUGAGAAGCUGAAGCAGUGCUGCUCCACUUUGAAGAAUGCCGAUCAGGAGUGCGUCAACAAGUUCUGCGACUUCAACGCCAUCUCCCAGGCUAACGUGAGUGAAUGCCCCCGCAAAUGAUCCUGAUCUCGCCGCUUCCAGAUCCUCAACUUCCUCUCCACCUGCUCCGAGCGCGGACCGACUGUCGGACAGAUGUGGGACUGCGCCUCUCUGCGCCAUAACCACGAGCAGUGCUGCAUUGACAAGGGAGUGACCGGCAAGUGCCUCGAGUACUGUACCGCCCACAAGGGAGCCCCCAACAACUACCUCGAUUACGUGUUCUGCACUGAGAACUUCAACGAGAUCCGCGACUGCUUCUACGAUCACCUCGACAAGAACCCACCAUUCAAGAAGCACUAA